AUGGCUCUGCGGGCGCUAUGGUCCAGCUCAGCCCCUCUGGCUGCUGUCUCUACUUUCUCUGCAACUUAGGAGGGGGGUGAGCGCGCCGAGCUGGGGAGGAUGCAGCACCUGCUGUGGCCUAGGGGCUCCGGGGGGUUCUGGCUGCUCCUCUGCUUCCUGCUGCUGAACAGCCGCCCAGGGGGCUGCAGCGACAUUAGUGGCCACGGUGGUCAGAGUCAAGUGGGAGUGGGGCAGCUCUGGCCCCUCCAAGGAUUUGCCACUCCAGUCUCCCAGCACUUACAAGUUGUAUUCCAGCAGAUUGUGCCCCAAGGUUUGUUCUGGAAGGAUGACAUUACCCAGGAUGUGAGGGCCCAGAAGCACAUCAGCAGAUUCCACCCCCAAGAUCCAUGUCUGAGGCAUGGGAAGGCGCCUUUCCCACCAAAACCACUGGAGAGCCCAAUGGCCAAAGUGAACAGAGAGCAGUGCUUUACCUCCAAGGUGGACUUGAAGACCCAACAAGAGGGGGCCAACCCUGUCAAGAAACACCUGUGGGCAUCUGUAUGA